GCGAAGGCUGGGGAAGAAGGUUAUGCCGUGACAGGACAGCAGCAAUUAGUCGGCCUCGUCCUUACUGGCCAAUUACGUAAUUCGUUAAUUCGUUUUUCAAUUAACAUCAUUUUGAUCUUGUUCGAGCUUAAUUAACACCAAAUGAGGGCGAUAAAAUAGGACCUACAUAAAAGGAUUCCCUGGGCUUUGUAAUGUGAAUGUGUUUGAUGAUGGAGGGAUUUGUGUAUUCACCCCUCAAUACGGGCACUUAUAGUAAUGGAAAACCGAGGCAGCAAAACUGGAGGCAAAGACAUUACCCCCAGGGAACUGUUGAAGCUGUUGACUACUUGGACAACUACAAGAGAGCACAGCUAAAAGCUAUUCUCUCUCAGGUCAAUCCCAAUUUAACUCCACGUCUCAGGAAAGCGAAUACCAAGGAGAUUGGAAUUCAGGUUAACCCAAAGGUAGAUGCUUCUGUCCAAUGUUCGCUGGGGCCUAGGACCCUACCUCGACAGAAGCGACAUCCUGUAACCGAAGGAGCCGCCCUGAGAGCUCGGUCGCCGUCGCCAGCCAGUGCUACCGAUACUAACAGUGACCCUGAGGGUGCUGGCGCCGCAUCUCGGCCCCCCGCCGUCGUGCGUUUCUCUCGCCCUGUCGCUAUGUCCAUCUAUUCGCCUGUAUUUGAUCGGCGUCUGGGAGGAAAGAACCGAGAACGAGAAAAGCCAGAAGUAAAGAGUCCCCCAGAGGACUUGGAAGAAGAUUCUGCUCCACCCCAGGAAAAAGAGGCUGCUCUUUCUCUAAAAGAAACUGUGGACGCACCAAAUGUAGGAAACCAAGAAAAAGUAGGUCAGAAUGACCAAGAAGUUGAGGGAAACGAAGGCAAGCAGAGGUUUCGGUUCCAGUUUCUGGAGCAGAAGUAUGGCUAUUAUCACUGCAAGGACUGCAACAUCAGAUGGGAAAGUGCUUAUGUUUGGUGUAUUUCAGGAACUAAUAAGGUUUACUUCAAGCAAUUUUGCCGCAAGUGUGAUAAGGGAUACAAUCCUUACAAGGUAGAAGCUAUUCUAUGUCAGACAUGUUUCAAAAACUGCUGCACUUGCACUCAGAAGAAGCGGCACAUUGAUCCAAAAAGACCACAUCGCCAGGAAUUGUGUGGCCGUUGUCGGGGCAAACGGUUAUCCUGUGAUAAUACAUAUAGCUUCAAGUAUAUUGUUUGAAAUUUGCCACUUUGCAGAGUCAACAAAAUACUGAUCUUGUGUGGUACUAGGUUACUUGGCAUGGAAAAUCUUUUGUACUCCUAAACUGUAAAUUUACAAUACUAUAUGAAAUUAAAGCACUUAUUCAAA